UACGUCGACUUCUGAUGACGUUUUUAUGUAACUUCGAAUGAUUGCGCGAAAUACAAAGCGACAGGACAAGCAUAUUUCGGCGCCCGGUUGAAUCAUCCACGGGUUUAAAGUUUAGUGACCGUCCCGAGCUGGUGAUGAACUAACAGCUCCACCGGACAGAGGGUGUAUUUCUUUUAUUCACCUCCGCUGACCGGCUCUCCUCUUCGGUGAUGGAGUACGGAAAGGACAGAGUGGUGGCGUUAGUGGACAUGGACUGCUUUUACGUCCAGGUGGAACAGAGACUGAAUCCAGCUCUGAGGAACACUGCCUGUGUGGUGGCCCAGUACAAGACGUGGAAAGGGGGCGGUAUCAUAGCUGUGAGCUAUGAGGCCAGGGCCCACGGUGUCACCAGGAACAUGUGGGUGGACGAUGCAAAGAAACUGUGCCCAGACCUCCAGGUGGCACGAGUGCGUGAGUCUCAUGGCAAGGCAGACCUGACGCAUUACAGGGAGGCGAGUGUGGAGGUUAUUGAGGUGAUGUCUCGCUUUGCUGUGAUUGAGAGAGCCAGCAUCGAUGAGGCCUACAUGGAUCUGACUGCUGCAGUCCAGCAGCGGCUUAAAAACAUGACAGACAAGCACAUUGAGCCUCAACUCAGGACGACGUACAUCCAGGGGUACCCAACAAGUUCACCUGAACUGGAGGCCCCUGCAGAGGGUGUUGCGUUGGAUAAAGAGGAACAGAGGUCCAGAGGUCUUCAGCAGUGGUUGGAAUCUCUACCUGGCCCCCCAUUAGGGGAGCAGAGCUCUGCAGAGCUGGAGCUAACUGUGGGGGCGCUCAUCGUCGAGGAAAUGAGGGCAGCCGUGGAGAAACACACAGGUUUCCGCUGCUCAGCAGGGAUAUCACACAAUAAGGUGUUGGCCAAACUAGCCUGUGGUCUGAACAAACCUAACAGACAAACCAUUCUGCCUUUGGACUCUGUGACAGAACUUUUCAGCUCUCUUCCCAUCGGCAAGAUCCGCAACCUGGGGGGUAAGCUGGGUGCCUCCAUUACAGAAACUCUGGGAAUAGAGAACAUGGGAGAUCUGACUGGCUUUUCUCAGGCCCAACUGGAACAGAACUUUGGAGAGAAGACAGGUCAGUGGCUGUAUGACUUGUGUCGGGGUAUUGAUUUUGAAGCAGUGAAACCCAGACAGCUCCCUAAAUCCAUCGGCUGCAGUAAAAACUUCCCGGGGAAGACAUCGCUGGCUACAAAAGAGCAGGUACAGUACUGGCUUCAUCAACUGGCCCUAGAGCUGGAGGAGAGGCUGACCAAGGACAAAGAAGUGAAUGGGCGCGUGGCUAAGUUGCUGACAGUCGGUGUUCGUCAGCUUGGGGACAAAAGGCCGAGCAGCUUCUCUCGCUGUUGUGCUUUAGUGCGCUACGAAGCGACCAAGCUAUCCAGUGACAGCUUUGCCAUUAUCAAGAGUCUCAACACAGCAGGAAACCACCAGGCAGCAUGGAGUCCACCCCUCACCCUGCUACACCUCUCAGCUAGCAAAUUCAGCGAUGCUUCAUCAGCAGGGGGGAUUGCUGGCUUUCUUUCCAGUGAUGUCACUUCAACCCAGAGUGUUUUUCCCACCACUCAGUCCUCCACCCAGCCACCCUCGAAACUGAAAAAUGACUCCGCCGGCAAACAACCGGGCACCAUCCAGUCCUUCUUUCAAAAGGCAGCUGAGAAACAAAGACAGAAGGUUACAAACAAUGUAGAAGAUGACAUAGUCUCAACAGGAAUGCUUCCAUCUUCCUCCACUCCUAAAACCUCCGUUACUGACUCUCAGGUGGAGACAGAUACCAAUUGCCCUGUUACUUCCCUUACACUUUUUUCUCACUCUAAAAAUGCUACAGCAAGCCCCCAUUCUGAUAUUUCCUCUUUCUUUCACACGAAGACUCUCGAAGGAAACGUACAGGCCUCAGCCUCGACAUUGACCAAACCUGACAUGGGACACACGUCUGGAGAGUUUACAUCCCACCAGUCGCCACGUGAGGAGUUAAGAGAUGAGCUGGACAUGGAUCCAGAGGUAGAUCACUGUCCUCCCAGUGUGGCCAGAGAAGACCUGUUGAACUGUGAGCGCUGUGGCCAGGAGGUGUUGGUUUGGGAAAUGCCUGAACACAAUGAUUAUCACUUUGCCCUGGACCUCCAGAAUUCACUGUCUUCAUCCACGAGUUCAGCAACCAUCUCUUCAUCUUCCUCCACCACCUCUUCUUCUCUAACUCCUGUCAGAGUGGGAGCAGCAGGCAUAGCCCAGUCCUCCCGGGGCAAGACAAAAACCAGAGGUCAAUCGGGACCCCAGCCCAAAAGGCAUCGCUCCCAAGGUGGGAGCACGGGCACUCUGGAUUCUUUUUUCAAGAGGAACUGAGGAUGUGUUGUAGAACUGCAUUUUUAAAGUAAAGUAAAACACAAAUUUUGGAUAAUGUCCAAAUGAUCAAUGUUAUUGUGCCUUAUAUUAUAAGAAUGUGUACAAAUUACAGAAAGUGUUUUUUUAUGUUCUUUGUUUCACAUGCUUUUUAUUGUAAAGGGAAAGAAAAUAAUUGUAUAAACCAGAGCCUAUUAAAAAUACUUUUUACAUUUUGUUGCAGUUUUCUGACGCGCCAGCAGAUGUCACUAAUCAGUUAAAUAUAGAGGAGGAAUCCCCACUUGAGUGUCAAUAGUCUUCUUGUGGGCAUAAGAGAUACUAUAUUUUGUAAGAUAAGAGUAUUUAUGUUAAAUACUGAUUGUUAGUAGGAUGAAAGAAAUGGCACCAUUAUGAAUUGAGCCCAUCCUGUUCUGUGAAUACUUCUCUACAAAGGUGAACCUAUUGUACUGUAGUGCACUGAAAAACAAUUGAAUGAGGAAAUUACUCUUGCGUUGUCUUGCAUCAGCUGGGGAGAAGAUUGGGAGGAGCUGUUUCAGGAAAAUGAAAGCAAGCCAUUAAAAUGUCAAUGUUGUGUAGUGAUUAAUGGCUCUGACACAUCCAGUAGACAAAAGGCUGGGUGUAUGAUGACAUGCUUGAAAACACUGAGCAAUUUUUGUUCUACUUAAAAAGAAAAAAAGCAACUGCUAAAGAGACAAUAAAAGUUUUAUUCAUGUAUAUCAUGAUACACAAAUUAGAUCUGUACAUAAAUAUUGCAUUUCACCCAAAUAAAGAUCAAAAUAUUACAAUUUUAAUUAGAAGGAAGGUCUUAAAUGUGAUUUCAAAAAAGUGAAGAUGUGUUGGUGUCAUUAAGAAGACUGCAAAAACAGUGAAAAACGUGUCUGAAUGAACUGUAAAAUCUGGAACUACUACAAAUCUAUAAAAUACUCAAAUGCAUUAAAA